UCUUAUGUGUGUGUAUUUAUAUGUAUGUAGUAUCGAAACCUUCAUAAGUCACAAAUCUCUCCGCAAAAUCGAAUUUUAUCAUCGACCCAGAAAUCAAAAUCGAUUUUUUUUCAGACCCUUUUCAGGUAUUUCAAAGUUUCAAUCGGAGGAAGCCACGGAUCGGACAAACAAAAUCAUGGAGUAUAGGCCGUUGGAUCUAACGAUCAUAUCGGCGAAAGAUCUGAAGGAUAUUCAGCUGAUCGGGAAACAGGACGUGUACGCCGUCGUUUCGAUCAACGGAGACGCCCGUACGAAGCAGAAAACUCCGGUGGACAAAGACUGUGGCACGAAGCCCAAGUGGAAGCACCACGUGAAGCUCACCGUCGAUGAUGCGGCGGCGCGUGAGAAUCGCCUGAAUCUGGUCUUCCAGAUCGUGGCGUAUCGACCGAUCGCUGGCGACAAAAUCAUCGGAGAAGUCACUGUUCCGGUGAGGGAGCUUCUAGAAUAUAAUUCGAAGUCCGGCGACGGAGAGAAGAAGCUGACGUAUGCCGUGAGGCUGCCGAGUGGAAAGACCAAGGGAUCUCUGAAAUUUUCUUACAAAUUCGGCGAGAAAUUCACAUAUGUGCCUAAUGGGCCUGGUGUUGCUGGGCCCGGUUCAUCAACUGUGGCCCACAAGACCAUGGAUCAGCCCGUCAUGGCUUACCCGCCUGGCCAUGGCCCCUAUCCUCCUCCCACGGCUGGGCCAUCUGGAUACGCACCACCUAGUCACGGCCCUAAACCCGGAUCGGGAUACGCAUAUCCGCAUCAUGGAUAUCCGCCUCCUCCGCCGCAGCAUGGAUAUCCCGGUUAUCCGCCUGCACCGGGAUACGGAUAUCCCGGAUACCCGGCUCCGGGCCCAUACGGGUACCCACAACAGGUGGUCCAAGGGAAACCACAAAAGCCGAAGAAACAUGGUUCGUCUGGUCUUGGACUUGGGCUUGGUCUAGGAGCUGGCCUUUUGGGUGGGUUACUUGUGGGAGAGGCAAUUUCUGACGUGGCAGAUACUGUGGAUGCGUGUGAUGACAUGGAUGGUGGUUUCGAUUUUUGAUUAAAUUUUUUCUUUUUUUCAUGCAAAUGAAAAUGAUCCUUUUAUGGUUUGAUGAGAUAUUUUAGGUGAAGGGGUAUGUAAUUUUCUUUGAAGAUGGUUAUGAAAUU